UAAACGAUAAAGCCGAAUCCGAUUAGACAAACAACACAACGCGCAGCACGACACGCGCGUGGCACCGGAGCUCUGUGGUACAUUAUAUUAGAAAACUUCAAAUAAAACUGCGAGUUCACGCUCACCCUUCAGCCAUCUUCAGUCGAUGACAUCAUCAGUAUUUACUGAACUCUCACCUCCCUGUGCAAGGCUCUGAAAAAAAACCACGUGGCAACAUGACUUCCUUUCUGUGAUGCAUCUAUGGUGGCUGCGGAAGAACAAACAGGACGGCAACAUCAAAGAGGAGGUUGCGCUCCAUGUGGCGUCUCUCUGCGUGCGGGGUGGACCAGUGGAGAACAAAACUGCCGCGGUGCGGGACCUAAAUAUCACAGCCUGCGUCACUCAGCUCGUCAUCAUGUGUGUCGCAGAUAGCUUAUCACCUCCUGUCAAUGUGACCAUCAAAGCGCUGAAGGCAAACUCUGCUGUGGUGACAUGGGACAUCCCCGAGGGAGACUCCGUCAUUGGCUUUGCCAUCACACAGCAGAAGAAAGACGUGCGCAUGCUGCGAUUCAUCCAGGAAGUCAACACCACCACUCGCUCCUGUGCAUUAUGGGACCUGGAGGAGGAGACGGACUACAUUGUGCGCGUCCAGUCCAUCAGCAUGUCUGGGACAAGCCCGCCGAGCGAACUGCUGCGCUUCAGAACGCCGAAGGAGGCGGAGACUCAGGCCUCUAAGAGUAAAGACGAGGUGACGAUGGAGGAAGUGGGCCAGAGCACACAGCUGAGGGCGGGGGAGCUCAUCAUCAUCGUGGCGGUGCUGAUCAUGUGGGCAGGUGUAAUCGCUCUCUUCUGUCGCCAGUACGACAUAAUAAAAGACAACGAGCCCAACAACAACAAGGACAAAGCCAAAAACUCCUCAGAGUGCAGCACUCCUGAACACCCAACAGGGGGGCUGUUGCGUAGUAAGUUCUCCAACAACAACAACAACAAGAUGCCAUCUGUGAACAUCAUUGAGGUGUGACUGCCAGGACAUCUUCUCUUUAUCCUACACGACAUGUUCUCACAAACAAGCAGGCACUUUUUUUAAGCCUGUGAGCUUGUUAGGAUGAGGCUGAGAUUAUGGUUCCCUCCGUGGCGCCUGCUCUCCUUUGGCACAGAGGCCUGGUGCUGAAACCGGGGGGGGGUCAGACCAGACCUGGCCGGAGCCGGAGCUGGAGCUGGAGAGACUGUGGCUGUGCUGUGCUCAAUGACUACUGUACCGUGGGGAAGCAGCUGAGAUUCCAGCCAAAUGGCUCCGGCGGUGGAGCGGCUGCAGAUAAAGAAACCCCAGGGACCAAAGCCGAUAAACAGAGCCAGAGACCUUUUCACUCUCUCUCUCCCUCUGUCACGUCUUCUUUUCUUACAACCUUUUAGAGCGUUAUCAACAAACACAAACGUGGACCUUUUGCCAUUUUUGGGCUGCACUGAGAUGCAAACCCCCCCCCCCCCGUACCUGAACCUCAUUUUAACAGCCUGUUUUCCUUGUAGCACCAUGUUCUCACUCAGUCAGUGAUAAAUGCUGUAGAUCACUGUACUUUAACAAAGUGCCACCAGAGCUCCCCCGUUCUGCUUUGGGUAUUUAUUUAUUUAUUUAUAUUUAAAUCAAAAUUUAAAUCCUCGACCCACCUCUCCACAAAGGGCAAACUCUUCACCGCCCUGUGGGAAGUCUUUUCAUUUUGGCGGGGCUCAUAUUCCCACCUCAGGAAACCCAGACUCCACCUAACCCUUUUCUUUUUUUUAAUUGGCCAUUUCACGAGUCAGCUUUCGAGCGACUGAUAUUGACUGAAAAUACUCACCUCACUAACACGUACAGCGUCUACAGUGAAGUCCAUAACACUUUUGGUUCCCAUUUGCUUUUUUGAUAUUCUCUUUUUACUUCUUUGCUGCUUUUAAUAUAGAUUUCUGAAAUGUUACAUUCCACAUUCCAGGAUGAGCCCUUUAGUAUUUCCUCGUGUCUUUCUCUUUGAGUGUUGAUGGAUUUCAAAGCAUUUCUGGGCCGGGGAGGGGGAGGAGGAGGAGCCUGCCAUUGAUGGAGGAGUGGAUUCAUUUAAUUAAUGAACUUCAAAAAAAAAAAAAAAGGGACUGAACUCUGUGGAAGUCUGCAGAGACAUGGACUAAAAGUGAAGAUCCCUUUUAUCAGCAAUAACCGCCCUCAGUCAAGUGCAAACGCCAGGACACGAACUCUGCGGCCUCUCAGUUGAGAGGUCAACCUCCCAGCAUGCAAUGUUCAGAUGCAGAUGGAGAAACUGUGAAGGAAUCAAUCCCUCGUUUGUUUUCAGGUGAUCGUUCCCUUGAACUUUAAGAGAAAAGUCUUUUUUGUAAAAACCUUGGUUUCUGCCAGCGAGCAUGAGGAAAAAAACUAAAAACUUUUUUACGAGCCCAGUCUUUAACCCUAAGACUAACAUUUGUGACGUCAACAUGACAGAAGGGCUUCAGUCGACACUUUUUUCUCCUCAAUUCAAAGUCAAUAUUUGGUUUGAAACAAAAAGGGAUCAACUGUGGUUUAAAAAAAAAAGGUACUGUGAUCCGUAACGGGACUUGCUUUAAGAGCGUAGAUGUUGUAUUUGAGGGCUGAUUUAAACUCGAAAGUACUGCCUUAAAAAUAUCUACUAUAUCGUACGGUUUUGCUUCUGACUUUUGUGUCAUCUGCUUUUACCCUUCACGUCAUAUUUAAAGUGUGGGAGACGUCACAUUAAUUGACGCUUUUAAAACGAGUCUAAACCUGUGGAGGGAAUAAAGUGGCGUACGUGUAGAUACAUUUUAUAUCUCACUCUUGUUUGGUGGCUCUCUUGUUGGAGAGCUUUUUAUGAAAUGUACUGUAACAAGCAAUGUGACAAAUGUGCAGCCCCGUGAUGAAAGAGGGCACUGUUGAAAACGUCCAUGGAGCUUUUUGUUUGUUUUUGGUUUAAUUUAUGAGCUCUUUCAUCACAUUCUACUGACGUGUAUUUCUAUUACAUUAUAUCCUUGUGGUGUUUAUGUGCAAUAGGGGCGAAAAAAAAUAAUAUCUUUUUUUACUAAGUAGUUAUUUCAAAAGAAAAAUCUGCCAGAUUUGAAAUAAUCAUCCACAUAAAAGUGACAAACGACCUCGCUGACGAGUCAUUUGUUGUAAACAGACGACUGCAGAUUACAGCGCCCACAGACAAACGUGGAGUGGAGGGAAAUCCAUUAAAGGCAGGUAAGAGAGCAAUGAAGGUUACGGUUGGGUAGAGUGGGUAGAAUGACUAAUGCAGUGGAAGGCUUUUAUCACUCCCUUCCACUCGCCACCCCUCUCCCUCUCAAAACUCAGAUUGUUGUCCUCCCAUAAGCACUUAUUCAUGUCAGAGGCUUUUUAAACGUUUUCCUGAACGUAAACGUCCUCUCCGACUAAUCAACCCAGACUUCUAAGCCGUUGCCCGGCCAAAACUAUGAAAGCGUGUUCUGCUGCGUAACCCACAGCGAUCAACGCCUCAAAAAAAACUUCCUAUAUGCAGCUGAAGGCUGAAUCUCUUUCCCCCCGGGAACACUGGACUCUCCAAAUCGAGAGGUAUCCAUCCGCACGGAAACAGAUAACGAUGAUCGUCUCCGCAGAUUUCUUUGAACUGUGGCCACCUUCAUUUAACUCCAAAACUGUAGCUCACACAACAUAAAAGGUUUUCACUUCACAGUGGGGCUGCAACUUGUCCUCAAAUGUUUUGUCCACAAACCAAAGAUAUUCAGUUUAGUGUCAUAAAAGGAGCAGAGAACGAAUAAACGUUCAAGAGGCUGAAAUAAUCAAUUAUUUAUUAAUCAAUUAACCGAGUUGUCAUGUCUUCAAAUGAUGGCAUCCUCUGUUGCCAAUGUGAAUAACAUAUCCCUUAUUAAUGAUUUAGAUGUAGGGCUUAUUUAUUUAUAUGGCCGUCUAUUGUCCAAUACCACUCCUAAAGGAAUAGUUUGACAUUUUAGAAACUACAUUUAUGAUGUACGCACGUUGAUUUGGAGUUAAUAAAAACAAUAGCUCACCACUUUCAUAUCUGUAUGAGGCUAAAACCAUCAGUCACACAUUUCUCCUGCAACCAGGCUCAUGUCAAUACCACUGUUGUCCACUCAUGCAUACGCUUUAGCAUCUAUUUUCCUCUAACUGGGAACAUACUUUACAAAAGUGACGUCGCGCUGUACUGGAAAAGCCAGAUUGAGACCACACUUAUAGUGAGAAUUAGGCUCAUUUCCCCACAGACUUCCAUUCAAAUCAGAAUAAGGCUCUUUCUGCGUGGAGUUUGCAUGUUCUCCACGUGUGUGCGUGGCUUUACUCCAGUUUCCUCCCACAGUCCAAAACAUGCACUAAACCAUGCCCUUGUGAUGGACUGGCGACCUGUCCAGGGUGUGACCCCCAGUUUCCGCCCUUACGUCAGCUGGGAUUGGUGCCAUGUGGAGGAUAAAGCAGUAGACGAGUAAAUGAGUGUUUAAAUAAACUGCUACUUCUAUCCUUGGCUUCACUUUUCAAACCAGACAACGGAGUUGGUCUUUGUGCUAAGCUAUGCUGAGAAGGCUCUGGCUGGAGCUGAAUCGCUCAAAUGAGCCAAACGGAUGGAUUCCUUGUAUGCUUCUUAAAAAGGAAACCCUGAAUAAGCAUCAAUCAAUCCAUCUUCUUACGCUUUAACCUCCACUGGAGGGUCACAUAAUCAUAUAAGGGGGUCAUAUAAUCAAUGUGCUGUGAGGGGGUAAUUUGGUAGAAGGAGCAGUGGAGAACAUCUGGA